GCAGGGUUGUUUCCAGAGCGCAGAGACGAUGCUGUGGAAAGGAGCCGCUUAACCUCCCACAAUGCCCUUUUCUGACUUCGUCUUAGCACUGAAGGACAACCCGUACUUUGGGGCUGGGUUUGGCCUUGUCGGGGUGGGCACAGCCCUGGCGUUGGCCCGGAAAGGGGCCCAGUUCGGGCUGGUGGCUUUCAGGCGUCAUUACAUGAUCACCUUGGAGGUGCCCAGCAAGGAUAAGAGCUACCACUGGCUGCUGAACUGGAUCUCCCACCACGCCAAGCACACGCAGCACCUCAGCGUCGAGACGUCGUACCUGCAGCAUGAAAGCGGGCGCGUCAGCACCAAGUUCGACUUUGUCCCCAGCCCUGGGAACCAUUUCAUCUGGUAUCGCAGGAAGUGGAUUCGCAUCGAGCGCAACCGGGAGAAGCAGAUGAUUGAUCUGAACACAGGGACCCCUUGGGAGUCCGUCACCUUCACUGCGCUGGGCACUAACCGGGAGAUCUUCUUCAACAUCCUCCAGGAAGCCCGGGAGCUGGCGCUGCAGCAGCAGGAGGGGAGGACGAUCAUGUACACGGCCAUGGGAGCAGAGUGGCGGCAGUUUGCCUCCCCCCGCCGCCGUCGGCCUCUCAGCUCGGUGGUGCUGGAGGAAGGUGUGUCGGAGAGGCUGGUGCAGGACGUGAAGGAGUUCAUCGACAACCCCAAGUGGUACAGCGAGAGAGGGAUCCCCUACCGAAGAGGCUACCUGCUGUACGGUCCUCCCGGCUGUGGGAAGAGCAGCUUCAUCACAGCUCUGGCUGGGGAGCUGCAGUACAGUAUCUGCCUGCUGAGCCUCAGUGACCGCAGCCUCUCCGAUGACCGGCUCAAUCACCUCCUGAGUGUGGCACCGCAGCAGAGCAUCAUCCUGCUGGAGGACGUGGACGCUGCCUUCGUCAGCCGGGACCUCGCUGCUGAGAACCCAGCUGUGUACCAAGGCAUGGGGCGCCUGACCUUCAGCGGCCUCCUCAACGCGCUGGAUGGUGUGGCCUCCACAGAGGCCAGGAUUGUCUUCAUGACCACCAACUACGUGGACAGGGCGCUGGCGGUCUCCGAGCAGAUCAGCUCUGCGCAGGUGCAGGGCCACUUCAUGCUCUACAAGACGGACCCUGAGGGAGCCAUUUCAAACAUACGCUCCAUCCUGCUGUGA